AUGAUUCAUAGAUACAUCCCAGAAGUGAAUUUUUCCAUCACCGAGAAUCCCANAUUCGUCGACUUAAGGGAAGUAUAUUUAAUGGAAUAUGACAACAAACAAUUAAUUAAAAUGGAAAAUGAUCAGAAAAUAUGUCGAUUAUGUUUGCAGUUGGUUAACGAAGGCUGUUAUGAAGUGAAAUUAGAGAUGAUUCAUAGAUACAUCCCAGAAGUGAAUUUUUCCAUCACCGAUAAUCCCAUCGUUUGUAGGCAAUGUUUUGAUUCACUUAGCACUCACCUUACAUUCAUAAAAACCUGUUUAGAUGUUGAAACAAGAAUUGAUAUAUGUGAUAACAAAAUGCCACAUUUUGAGCAUAGUAAUAUAUUAUUGAAAAGCAAAAACGAGGAAAUGGAAUUAGGAGAGGAACAGAAGUUAGAAGGGUUAGUUAAAACCAAAAAAGAGUUAGAACCGGAAGAAAUACUGAUUAAUAGCAAAGAAAAGUUAGAAGGGGUAGUUAAAAUCAAAAAAGAGUUAGAUCCGGAAGAAACACUGAUUAAUACCGACGAAGUCAAUGUAAAAAGUGAAGGAAAAUGUAGAGGAAGUGAUUCCUCGUCGUCCGACUUACUAACGAUUGAAAAUGAAGAGAGCCACAGUUCGGAAGAUGAAGGAGAAACAAAGAAUGAAUAUAUGCAUAAAUAUGAGACAAAAGAUGUAUCAUCAGACGAGAGUGAACCUGCUCUAGGACUUAUACAUCCUAAAAAUUCCACCUAUCACCAGUUAAUAAGCGCACACCCUUAUAAAGCACGAAUUUACAAAUGUGAUACGUGUACCUACAAAACUAAAUUUAAGGGACAUCUAAAAACGCAUCAGAUAAGGCACAAAGGCUCUUCAGAAAUCCCUGCACCGUUCUGUGUUGAGGAAACGGUUGAUAUUUCGGAAUAA